UACCUACUACAAAGUGAUUCGUAUGCUGUGCUGUUGUUACGCACCGUUUCGCGUGGGAUUUUUAUUUUUAUUUUCGCUUUAAUUUUCUAAAAUCAUGGCAUCAAGAAGGCGCCGUGCGUCAUUUAGUGACGAUGAAGAUGAUACUGUUCACAGGAAAAGAAGGAGGACAUCUGAAAAUGUUGACAUUGAGGACAGGCUUGAGUCACUUAUUUCUAGAGUUGGAGAGAAGAGUACAUCAUCACUGGAGAGUAAUUUAGAAGGUCUAGCAAGUGUCCUGGAAGCUGAUUUACCCAAUUACAAAACAAAAAUUAUCAGGAUUUUAUGUGAAUGUGCUGUCAAAUUACCAGAGAAGCAGGCUGUCUACACUACAUUGGUUGGUCUCCUCAAUGCCAAAAAUUACAAUUUUGGAGGGGAGUUUGUCGAAAUGCUGGUGCGAAAUAUGAAAGAAGCGCUAAAAACUGAAGAGUUUGAGUCUGCUAGGCUUAUUAUCCGGUUCAUAGCUGACCUUGUAAACUGCCGAGUCAUAGUAGCUGGUUCCCUGCUCGCCAUGUUUGACAAUUUUAUUGAAGUGACAUUAGAAGAUAAUAUACCACAGGUGAGAUCAGACUGGUAUGUGUAUGCCGUACUGACGUCACUACCAUGGGUUGGUAGAGAAUUGUAUGAGAAGAAAGAGAUGGAAUUUCAGAAGUUACUGGUCAGUAUAGAUGGUUAUAUAAGUAAAAGACAGAAGAUACAUGUACCAGCAUUAAGGGUGUGGUCUACUGAUACUCCCCACCCACAAGAAGAGUACUUGGAUUGUCUGUGGGCGCAGAUUAAGAAUUUGCGGAACAACAAAUGGAUCGAGAAGCAAGUGCCGCGGCCAUAUUUGGCGUUUGACAGCGUUUUAUGCGAGGCUCUACAACACCCGUUACCCCAGAUAAUCCCUCCGUCUCACAACGAAGAGAUUAUGUACCCGCUACCUACGGUCGUCUUCAGAAUGUUCGACUACACAGAUGUUCCAGAGGGUCCAGCUAUUCCAGGCAGUCAUGCUAUAGAUCGAUUCCUUAUUGAAGAAGAGAUGAGAUAUUUGAUCAAGACGCACAACCAAGACAGAAAAGAUUGUGCCGCAGCUUUGCUGAGCUACACGACCAAGAACAAAAUUCCCCUGAACUAUAUGAUUGUCGAGGUGAUGUUUGGUCAACUAUUCAGAUUACCUCAACCCCCAUACCUUGAGAUUUUCUAUGGUUCAACACUGAUAGAGCUGUGUAAACUACAACCAGGGUCCAUGCCACAAGUUUUGGCUCAAGCUACAGAAAUGUUGUAUGAGAGACUGGAUACGAUGAAGUCUCCAUGUAUUGAAAGGUUUUCCAACUGGUUUGCCUACCAUUUGAGUAACUUCCAGUUCAGAUGGAGCUGGGAUGAUUGGAUUGCAUGUACACAGGUCAACCCGCUUCUCCCUAAACCUAAGUUUGUUACAGAGGUUCUCCAUAAAUGCCUAAGAUUGUCGUAUCAUCAAAGGAUCAAAGACACGGUACCAGAAGCCUUUAGAGAACUGAUACCAGCCAAACCUCAAGCCAGGUACAAGUACGAGGAAGAAGGGGCAGGAUCAUUGCCGGGUACCAUGGUUUCCCAUCAGUUGAUAGAUGCCAUCAAAUCAAAAUGUACACCAGAAGAGACGCUGGUCUUAUUGAAAGAAUUACCAAAUCCCCUAGCUGAUGAUACAGAUGAGCCGUCACACCACCCUCUCAGAAUAGAUGUGUUUGUGUCUACACUGUUACAUCUUGGAUCUAAAUCUUUCUCCCAUUCAUUUGCUGCCAUUGCAAAGUUUCAUUUUGUAUUGAAGAUGUUGGCCGAGUCUGAGGAAGGCCAGAUAUGUCUCCUGAAGACAAUGUAUGAAGUCUGGAGUACACAUCCACAAAUGAUGGUAGUUCUGACAGACAAGCUUCUGAAGACACAGAUCGUAGAGUGCUCAUCUGUUGCUAACUGGCUCUUCUCAGCCGACAUGGCACCAGAUUUCACCAGGAACUAUGUUUGGGAGAUAAUGCACUCGACCAUCAACAAGAUGAGUAAGCAUGUUGAAAAACUUCAGAAGGAAGCGGAGGAUGCCAGAGAUCUGUUAGAUGCUGCGAAGAAAAAGAUGGCGGAUGGUUUAGAUUACGAAGAGGACGAUGAGGUACCCACGGAGGAAAUGGUGGAGCGCAUGGAAGAAAGACUUGAACUUGUCCAGAAUCAACAGAAACGAUUGUUUCUCAUCAUAUUCCAGAGAUUCAUUAUAAUAUUGACGGACCAUUUAGCACGAUGUGAGAGUGAGGGUAUAGAUUAUCAGACUCCCUGGUAUAAGUGGGUCAUUGAAAGACUUCAGGAAGUGUUCCUUCUACACCACAGUCUGGUGUUUAAGUACAUAAACACCCUGGAGAGUUUGCUAUUCACAAGUGACAUUGACAUUCAUAUUCUGGAGGUGUUUCAACAGUUCUGUGCCCUUAGAUCUUGAGUCGAAUAAUUGUUACAGUGACAAGUUCUAUAUUUACAGUGACCAUUUACAUGUAACAAUGUCCAGCCAAAUAUUACAGUGACCAUUUUUAGUAUUUACAGUGCCCAUUUACAUAUUUCAGUGACCAGUCCAAAUUUACAGUGCCCACUUCAAUAUUACAGUUAAUUACAGAAAAAUUAUUUUUUGUAAGCCCACUGAAAAGCGAUAACUAUUAGUGCAGGCUGGAUCAACAGUAGUGCUCUCCUUUAAAAGUAAGAUUGUGAUGCAUUUAAGAUAAUUUGCUAUGUAGCUUCAAUGUGUCUCAUCUGAUUGUAAGAUGCUCAUACUAUAUAAAACUGAGCUAAAAAUAGGUUUGUCUAAAAAUAGAUUUCUAUAUAUAGAUUAAACCAUUAAUAUUUGUCAGUAGCAUACUUGGAUAAAACAAGUAUUCUAUCAAGUUUGUACAAAACAAAUUCAGAUACAUGUACCAUGUACAUGAAUUAAGGGGUCACUGAAAUUAAAGAAAACAGUCCUUGCACUUCCUCACCUUUGUGAAAUUGUGGGUUAUUUCAAACAUUUGCCUUCUUUUAUUUUAUAAUAAACAUUUACUACAUUUGUUCUAUACUGGAACAUAACAUUACAUUAUGGGACAAACAACUGGAGAUUAGCACUCCUGCAACUUUUUGACCAAUCAGGCUCAUGUGCCAUUUUGUUAUGUUGGUCAUUGUGAAAGAAAAUAUUUUUGCCUGUAGUAAAACGUGUAAAAUAAUAGAAAUGUGAACCAAUUGGCAUAAGAUUUUAGCAUUUCUUUUGUAUUUGAAUGACAUUAACUUGAUGCAGUAUUUCAAAUAACAUUUAGGGAACUUGAAAUUGUUAUGCAUAUGAAAUUGUAAUUGUAUUUCAUUUCAAUUUGUAUUUUG